UAUGCAUCUCAUUGUGUCUUUGUGAUGCUGGGGAGUAUAAAUACAGCACUGCCAGUGUCCACACACACUCAUUCCUCCUGCAGACCUACAAACUGAAUCCUCAGAGAAAGAAGCUGCAUUCUAGGUUGACUUUUUAAACUUCGAGCAAGUGGAUUGUUCUUGAGAAGACUGCACGUUCUCAUCCAAGACUUCGCGUAAACAGUUAUAAGAUGGAUUCUGAUGCAAGUUCCACAUGCAGUCGGUCUUCUUCACCCGAGCUGGCUGUGGACUCCAGCUUUUUCUCCAACAAAGUGUUUCAGGCGUACUGCACAGAUAGAGAAACAGGGCAGUCCAGGUCUGAAAAGCUAUCACAGAACACCGGAUCUGGUGGAAAGAGCCCCGCACAGGCCGAUCUCUCCAAAGACGACCUGCAAGAUCUACGACUCAAAGUGAACAGCCGCGAGCGCAAACGCAUGCACGACCUCAACCAGGCCAUGGACGGGCUUCGAGAGGUGAUGCCCUAUGCACAGGGCCCAUCCGUACGUAAGCUGUCCAAAAUCUCCACCCUGCUUCUAGCCAGAAACUACAUCCUCAUGCUGUCCAGCUCUCUGGAGGAGAUGAAGAAGCUAGUAGGUGACGUUUAUGGAGCCAGGAGUCAGAGUCACUCGGCUAGACGGGUUCUACAACCAACUUCGGCUGCUCCGGCAUCCCAGUUACAGCUGCUUUCACUUGCUCCAUCUCUGCACUCUCUGGUGGGCAACAACACCAUGCCGACAGUGGGCCAAGCCCCUCAUUCUCCACCCACGGCUGGGUAUCUGGGUUUCCCUGCUCCACCUCUUCCCAGCCUUCUGAAAGACCCUAUGCAUCUCUCCAGCGGCUACAGGCAUUUUCCCGGCAUGCCAUGCCCAUGCUCCCUCUGCCAGCCUCUCCCUGCUUCCACAGCCAGCCUGCACAGCCUCUCCAUGGGGAAGUGAUUCAGGCGAGGGUCAGGCUCCAGGCUGGAGAAGGCCGAAUUUAAAAUACAGACUCGAAAAGAACUGAAAACAUCUGGAUGUGUUGCUAAAUGUGUUGUAUACUUUGUAAAUGUCAUGUACAGAAUUUCUUUUCAAACAAGCUGCUGCUAUUUUUUUAUCAAAGAAUGUUUUUUUUUUUUUACUGUUAUAGCAUUUUUGAAUAGUCACUGUAUGAACAUAAGUGCUUCUUUGUAGCAAAAUGACAAAUGAAAAUGUAUAGUUUUGUUUCUUAAAUUAAACAUCUA